AUGGAGUUAGCUAACAUCACGUCAUUCCUCCUUUUUGCAGCUCUGAUUUACAAAAUUGCUCGCUUAUGGCUAAGGAACAAUGGCCCUUCCCUGGGUAAGAGACUGCCCCCAGGCCCACCAAGAUGGCCCAUUGUUGGCAACCUUCUCCAGUUAGGCCAACUGCCUCACAGAGACUUAGCUUCCUUUUGUGAGAAAUAUGGGCCCUUGGUCUACCUUAGGCUUGGCAGCGUUGAUGCCAUCACCACCAACGAUCCUGACACCAUUCGUGAAAUUCUUCUUCGCCAAGACAAUGUUUUUGCCUCGCGCCCCAAAACGCUCGCCGCCAUCCACCUUGCCUAUGGCUGCGGCGACGUGGCCUUGGCCCCUCUAGGCCCUCACUGGAAGAGAAUGCGUCGAAUUUGCAUGGAGCACCUCUUGACGACAAAGCGACUCGAAUCGUUCGCCAGACACCGGACAGAGGAAGCCCGACACCUCGUCCAAGAUGUCCACCGCAAGGCCGAUAAUGGGGAGCUCGUAAAUUUGAGGGAGGUGCUAGGAGCAUUUUCGAUGAAUAACGUGACCAGGAUGUUGCUAGGGAAGCAGUAUUUCGGGGCAGAGUCGGCCGGGCCGCAAGAGGCUAUGGAGUUCAUGCACAUAACCCACGAGUUAUUUCGACUAUUAGGGCUCAUUUAUUUGGGUGAUUACUUGCCGUUCUGGAGGUGGUUGGACCCUCACGGUUGCGAGAAGAAGAUGAGGGAAGUAGAGAAGAGGAUUGACGACUUUCACAUUAAGAUCAUUGAAGAACAUAGGAGGGCACGCAAAGGAAUCAGUGAGGAAACUGAAGGAGAUGCCGAUUUUGUCGAUGUUUUACUGUCUCUGCCUGGAGAAGAUGGAAAAGAGCACUUAGAUGAUGUUGAGAUCAAAGCUCUCAUUCAGGAUAUGAUAGCUGCCGCCACGGAUACCUCCGCCGUGACCAAUGAAUGGGCAAUGGCAGAGGUGAUUAAGCAUCCGCCGGUGCUCCGUAAGAUCCAGGAAGAGCUGGAUUCGGUUGUAGGGCCCAACCGGAUGGUCUCAGAAUCCGAUCUACCCCGUCUUAAUUACCUGCGCUGCGUCGUACGUGAGACUUUCCGCAUGCACCCUGCCGGCCCUUUUCUAAUCCCACACGAAGCUACGCGUGCGACCGAGAUCCACGGCUACUAUAUCCCCGCCAGGACACGUGUAUUCAUCAACACCCACGGUCUUGGCCGGAACACCACCGUGUGGGAGGCCGUCGACGAAUUCCGACCAGAGAGACAUUUACCCAGUGAUGGUAGCCGGGUUGAGAUAAGCCACGGAGCCGACUUUAAGAUACUGCCAUUCAGCGCUGGCAAGAGGAAAUGCCCCGGCGCGCCGCUCGGGUUAGUGCUGGUGUUGAUGGCUUUAGCUCGGCUCUUCCAUUGCUUUGAUUGGUCGCCACCGUCGGAGGAGGAUAUAGACACAAGUGAAGUAUAUGGCAUGACAAUGCCCAAGGCCGAGCCCUUACUGGCCUUUGCUAGGCCUCGUUUGGCAGCCCACAUGUAUCGCUAGGUAAUAUAUAUUGUAGUAUGAUGUUUAUCCAAUUUCUUCAUGAAUGUCAUCAUUUUCAGGGUAGAAAAUAUCCUUGAAACAUACUGGUAUAUUCUAUACUAUAAUGAGUU